CACACAUGGCAUUUCCAUCCAAACCAAACCACCACAUCUGCAUAAUCUCCGACUCUACUUCUUCACUCUUCACCACUCACCCCUCACUCGCAAAACCAAUCCACAUCCUACCUGCUCCCAAAUCAUCGCCACACUCACUCAAUUGGCACCUCUACGAUCACCAGACAUCUCACUCAGCCUUCCAAAUUCCAAUGGAAACAUGAAAUCCCCACCGGCAUUUGGAGACCGAAUGGCUGUUCGCCGGCGAACAUGCAGCGGUCUGCACGGCGCAAGCUUCGCUGGCAGCCUCG